AAAGAACGUGACUUCCUUGGUUCUCACUUUAAAUUUGUAUUACAUUGCUGUUCCAAAUUGAGCAUCUGAAAUUCCUCAAAUUUCCUUACAUUUUUCAGAUAAAAUGCAUAUAUUUAUUUCUGGUCUAACCUUUUCUACUUGAUAUUCCAGGUAAUUUCUCUGACCUUGUAUGAAGCUAACAGGCUGAUAGUGGAACUCUGUUGGACCUUUGUAUGUUUCACAGGAUUCUGGGAUAUGGAGGAGGCAUGGGUUGCUGCAUGCUAUUUCAGUUCUUUUUUAUGGUUCCGAUGCAUAGAGACCAUACCCCUUCUGGUUUUGGCAUUCUGUCAAUUGUUCAUACACUAAUUUGAAAUGCACAUGCGUAAACCAAUAAUGCUUCAACUAUUCAAAGGGUAAUAAGACUGAGGUCACAUUACAUUCUGCACGGGAGGCUUUCAAACAAUUUCUACUUCGCUCUGAAAAUGUUUUUGUUUUGGGCAUCUGCAAUUUUUUGAUUUUCCACACAUAAUGAUCUAAGCUCCUUGUAGCAAGUGAUAGAAGAAAAGUCAAGUUGCAUAUCCCACGCUUCCAAGUUAUUCAAGUUGAAAUCAAUAAUUCUUAGGAUCACACAUUUAUUUUAAACUUCACUUGCCUGCUACUAUACAAGUAAAAGAAUGUUCAAGUAUGUUUUCGAAAAACUCAAAACUUUUACCUCCCUUUCCUUGAAUUGAUAAGUUUUAUGGAUGGACUCCAUCUCCCCCUUUGGUUGUCAGAAUUCAUUGCAGGGUUCAGAGCUCCCAACGCCUCAGAAACGAAUGUCAGACGCAGGUGAUAGAUACAACAUUGGAGCGGCUCCGAAAAAGUUGGUUCAGCCAUUAUCCAGUCCGAUGGCACCGCCACCUCCUAGAACGAUGCAUUCACCACCACCACCACCACCACCACCAAAGUUCCAUUCAUCAACAGAGAAAGUGCAUGCUAACAAUGUAGCUCAUAGAACACCAUGUAAAAUUGUUCCAGAUACUUUAGUCCAGCUAAUGGAAUAUGGGGAUGAUGACGACGACGACGAUGACACUGAUGAAGCAAUUGACAGACCUUUGAAAAGCAGCUCAAAUGUGGUAGCAGCUCCGAAACCAUUUUGGGCUGUUUAAUAAUGAUCAUUGCACUUCUCUUGAAAAUUUUGGCAACAACGCACUUCUCUUGAAAAUAUUGGCAACAGCUGAAUGUUUAACUGGAAACUGAAUGGUCGUUUUCAAUGGACCUGGAACUGGCUGGUGGAUUUUCCUUGGCUGAGGAUCAUGUUUACUGUGAAAUAUUUAAUAUGUACCCAUCUCCCCCCCCCCCCCCC